UUAAUCAGUCUCCAUGGUUUGUAAUAUUAUGGUUUAUUAUUAUUAUUAUUGUUAUAUGCUAUGAGAGAAUUAUUUGUGAAAUUGAUGCCGUUCUCAAGACCUCCAUAGAGGAAGACGAGACAUAUGUUUUUUAUGUUUCAUGUUCCCUUCUCCUUUCUAUUAUGGGAAUUGCACUAUUUAGUUUGUGGAUUUUCUCUCUUGUAUUCAGAAUAAUUAGGUUUAAUUUUGUUUUUAGAAAAUACAAACUUUGAAAAAUCAACUUACCAAGCUUUUCAGAACUUACUUCAAUGGAUUAACCCAAUAAUCUUGUUUUAAGAAAAUGUUUAAUUAGGAGACUACCACCAUGUGCAUUUGCACGUGUAUUUUUACUAGUAUAUAUAUUAUUUAUCAAUAAUAGUAAUCAUGUUAAAAAAAUAAAAAACUACAUUAAAUAAUUUUCAAUGUUUUGAAAAUUUAAUUUUUUACACCUCCAUUAAAUAAUUUAAAAAAAAUAUUAUAAUUUAUAAAUCCACCAUGUUUGGUGACAAGAAAUUGGGUCACCUUUAACGAUUUUUCAUUUUCUUAUAAAUGAGUAGAUCUCUUUACUUAUACGGUUCUUUAUUACCACAUAAUACAUAUUUAUUGCAAUUUAUUGUUAGCUAGAAUAUCCAUAGAACUAUAGGAUGUAUAAGACGGAAAAAAUUUGACUUCUACCCGGGUUGUAGCUAACCAGUUGUCAGUAAAGUAGUUGCAAUCCCCUGUUGGCAGUCAAAGAAAUGGAACAAUUCACUUCCCCCUAAAAUUCAUAAAUACCCUCCUAGGUUAUAGUAGUUUCUAAAAUACCCCUUGAAAUCAUGGAUUUAGGGGAUGGUAUCGAUAUUGAUAUUGAGCGAUGUCGAUACCGAUCUAAAUCGGAUCGGAUUGGCAUGUAUUGAUCUGUUUUACAUGCCUUUAUUUAUUUAUUUAGUUUUUAAAUAUAAUUUUUUUACUAUUUUACCUAAUCAGUCUCAAUCAAUACUGAUAUAAUAUGAUUGAUACGGCCAAUAUGAUGUGAUCAAUAUAAUACCGAUAUUUGAAACCAUGCUUGAGAUUCCUUUUUUGGCAACCAUAGGGGUUGCAGCUACCCACAACUCAAUUUGGUUCGUAUGAGACAAGAAACAAAUGGGCCAAAAUAUGUAGUUAAAAAAAAAAAAGGUAUGAAGAAAAGAAAUUCCUCACUUACGGAGUCCAACAUCUUUUACUACAUUUUUAGUAGAUGCUUGACAGGAUACUUGCUGGCAUAACAAAUCACGAUUCUUUCGAUCUUCUUCCUCUCUAUUAUUUAAUUUAUUUUCCCAUUCAACUAAUUAAUUAAAUUAAAUCAGAAGACCCAGACUUCUUUUUUGUUUCCAUCAUUCUGUGAGACAUGUGAGAGAGAUGGGUUUGUUGAGUUUUGUGUCACUUGGGACUUGCGUGUACGGAUUUCCAGGAUUCCAGCUACCAUCACACCCAUUGGUUGAAGGUAUACCCUGUCUUCACCCAUAUAUUUUAGUCACCAACUUCCUACCACCAAUGACCGAUAUAGUUCUCUCCUUUUAUUUCUUCUUAUAUAUCUUGCAAUUAAUAAGAGGCCUGAAGAACCUAGCUGGGUAUGAAACAAGAAAUGGGGUGUUGAGUUUUUAGUCAAAUCCAUUGGGCUUUUUAAGAUGGCUUCCAUGUAAAACCAAGGUCUUCCAUGUGAAACCAGGGUACUUGAAGGGUAGUUUGUAAAUUGUUAUAAAAUCCGUUACCAUGAGGGUGAGCCUUGAGCAUGGUUUGUUGUCAUGCGAUCGGAUCGGCAAGAGUUCAGACCAUGGUUUCAAGUAUUGAUAUUGUAUCGAUUGUAUUGGAUUAGUAUCAGCUGUGAUCGACCCUCAAUCUCUGAUCAAUCUAAAUCAAUUAUCUAUAUCAUUUUAGGAAUAAAAUAAUACAAAAAGUUAUAUUUAAAAAAAAAAUGAGGUAAAAUUGAUGAAUACAUUGAUUCAAUCCAAUCUGAAUCGAUAUCAACUGAUAUCAAUACCGAUACCAUCCCUUAAAUCCAUUGUCCGGACUCCAGACCAAUCCUAAUUUUGUACUGUUGCAUUACUGAUUCUCUGUUACAAUCAAAUUAUAGAAAGUUAUUAAAAACCGUUUUUUGUUUUUCCAUAUAAAGUCGGUUUCAUCUGAGACUGAUCCCGAUCCGAUCCAAGAACCGAUACAUUAAACCAUGACCUCGAGGGGUCCAACGAUCUUCGAAAGUAGGGGAGGGGACACUUCUGAGAAAGUUCGCAUCCAAUAUAGAAGACCGGUCCACCCACGGAACCAUUACGUGAUUGCCUAUAAAUUCCUUCUCCCCCGUACUAGACAUCCACUCAAUUCUUUGCUUUAGGACUUUCAACAACCAAUACGCGUUCUCUCUCUCUCUCUCUCUCUCUCUCUCUCUCACCAAAGAUGUCUUCUCCAGUGAUGUCUGAAAUAACCCUUCAAGGGCUUCAGGGGAUCCAUCAUCUGGAUCAUCUGGGUAGGGAUAACACACAUUCCUUCCCUAGGAGGUUAGAAGGCAAAGUUGCAAUUGUCACCGGAGGCGCCGGAGGGAUUGGGGAAGCCACCGUGAGGCUCUUUACUAGACAUGGAGCCAAAGUUGUGAUUGCCGAUGUUGAGGAUUCAUUAGGAACUGCGCUUGCAAAUUCCUUAUCUCCUUCAGUAACCUUUGUUCAUUGUGAUGUUAGCAUUGAAGAUGAAAUCGAGAACUUAGUCAAUUCCACCAUUUCGCGAUACGGCCGGCUCGACAUCCUUUUCAACAAUGCCGGAGUUCUUGGAAACCAAUCAAAGCACAAGAGCAUCCUCAACUUUGAUGCCGAUGAGUUCGACCGCAUAAUGAGAGUUAAUGUCAAGGGAGUUGCACUAGGCAUGAAGCAUGCUGCACGAGUAAUGGUCCCUAGAGGAAGUGGUUGUAUCAUUUCUACAGCAAGUGUUGCUGGAGUCAUGGGUGGGCUAGGCCCUCAUGCUUAUACUGCAUCCAAGCAUGCCAUUGUAGGGCUAACUAAGAAUGCGGCAUGUGAGCUUGGAAGGUAUGGGAUUAGGGUUAAUUGCAUUUCCCCAUUUGGGGUAGCUACCUCUAUGCUUGUUAAUGCAUGGAGGAGUAAGGGUAUAGAUGAGGAGGAAGAGGAUGAUUCUAUGGACAUAAGGGUUCCUUAUGAGGAAGAAGUGGUGAAAACUGAGGAGUUUGUGAGAAGCUUGGCUAACCUUAUGGGCCCAACUUUAAGGCCAAAAGAUAUAGCUGAAGCUGCUCUUUAUCUUGCAAGUGAUGAAUCCAAGUAUGUAAGUGGACACAACCUUGUUGUAGAUGGAGGGGUUACUACCUCAAGGAAUUGUGUAGGGUUAUGAAGGUACAAUACAAAUAGAUGAAGAAAAUUCAUAGAAACCAGAAUUGAAGCUGUAAAUUUUUCUCCUCAAGCCCUCUUUCUUUCCCCCCACUCUCAGAAUUGAAGCUGUAUAUUAUUGUUGAGUUUUUAAUCUUUCCUCAAUUAUGUAGUUUUAGUUUUUUAAUUUCAUAUCAAUGGAAAAUUUAAGACGGACAUUUCAGCUCAUCUCCUCAAGAUGGGUUGAAAUUGUCUGUG